UUCUCCCAUAUUCUGUUUCCAUAUACUUGUAGUGUCCGAUGUUGGAACUACUACCAGUGUGGUAGUGGGGUGGUUGUACUACUGAGAUUAAGGUUGAGGGGGGGGGAAUUAAAAGGAACAGUCACGAGUGAAAUUCUUGCAGGUCGCAUGGAAACUUUUUCAAAACACCAUUUUAGCGGUUCAAACUAUGUGUAUACCUUAAAUAAACAAAUAAAUAAACAGUAAGAGAGCUGAAAAAAAUUCCACUGUGGCUAAACCGCAGUAAGAGAUGCAGUUAGACACAAACAGACGUUCUUUAGCAAUUAGAAGUCAAAUCUUACUGAGAAAACUAGAAAGGAGCAUUAACUCAGGCAAGUUAAGUGUAAAAAUAUAAUUAGGCAGGUGAGUAAAUUUGAAGAGCAACUAAGAAAAGACAAAUUAACAGUACCUUUUUUUAAGUGCAGCAGAAGCAGGAAGCCUGCCAAACAAUCAGUGAGGCCACAGGAUAAUUUUGGUGCUUCAGGAGCACUCAAGGAAGAUAAGGCCAUUGUGGGCAUGAAUCCUUUGCAUUGGUCUUCACUGCAGAGAAUGUGAGGGAGAUUUCCACACCUAAGCUAUUCUUUUUAGGUGACAAAUCUGAGGAACUGCCCUGGCUUAAGGUGUCAAUAGAGGAGGUUUUGGAACAAAUUGAUAAACAGUAAUAAAUCAUCAGGACCAGAUGGUAUUCACCACAGAGUUCUGAAGAAGCUCAAAUGUGAAAUAGCAGAACUACUGCAGAAAUGUGGGAGGGCUGUGAUUGGAGUUGAGAACGAGAUGAGCCAAUCAUGAAGGACUAUAAGAACAUGGUGUUCUUACAUCCAAAGUAAGCCAUAUAUAAUCUCCAUAUAUGACACCACAGGAUGGACGAGGUGGAGUGGGAGUCCGAUAAUGACACUUGUGACACGGGUGAGGAGCAUUCAGAUGGCUCCAGUCAUUCCUCUGAGCGGGUGGGUCACAAAUCUAGCCUCCAGCUGGAGGUAGACUUAGACAACUCUCAACCAUGCAGUCCGUGUUGUAGCCCUGCUGGACCUUCAGGUAGGCAAGAACUCCCUGUAGAAUUGCAGUGUGAAGAUGAGGAAACCUAUGAGACCUACUACCAGAAGCGAGGUGAGACUACAGCUGGGGUUUUUGUCACCUCCAACACCAACUUUGACCUGCAAUGUGAAGAUGAGGAUCUGGAGUUCUACUCCUCUGAGGAACCUCAGGGAGGAUUAAGUGAGGAUGAUGAAAAGAUCAUUCUUGUUGAUGCUUUUGAUGAGGACCUCGAGUCCAUCACUGGAGAAGCUUUGUCUUAUAGGUGCAAGAAGUGUGGUGCCUCUUUCCAGGAUCUGGGUGAAUUACAAGAACACAAACAGAUCCAUCUGACAGAGCAUUCAUACCAAUGUCCCAUCUGCGGCAAAGAGUUCUUCCGUGCUGCGAACUUGCGAAUGCACAAGCUCAUUCAUUCAAGUGACAGACCACACAAGUGUCCAGAGUGUGACAAGGGGUUCAUCCGCACAGCUGAUGUCUGGAGGCACCUACGCAAUGUGCACAAGAUUGAGCGCUCCAAGGUAGUUUUGGGAAAUGGCAUGGUUAGGAACCCAUGGUCAACAUUGCACCAAAACAAGCAUGGCAGUGGGGACACUGACCAGCAGUGUUCAGAAAAUCAAAAGCCUGGGGAAGAAGAGUCUAAACCUUGCAUCUGUCCAAUGUGUGGCAAAGGUUUCCGUAAACCUAAUCUGCUGUCGAAACACAAGGUGAUCCAUCGACAGGACAAACCAUAUAAAUGUCAAGAAUGUGGUAUGGCCUUUGUCCAACUACUGAGGUUGAAAAGGCACCAACAGACUCACUCUGGAGAGCGCCCUUUUUAUUGUGAGGAGUGUGGAGGCACCUUCACACGACUGGCAUCACUACAGCGCCAUCAGCGGAUCCAUACUGGAGAAAAACCCUACUCUUGCGCUUACUGUGGUCAUUCCUUCACAGAGUCAGGCACUCUAAGGAGGCAUGAGCGCACACAUAAAGUGGACAAAUCUUAGUGUUUAGGGCUCUAUGAUUGUGGUCACCAUUUUUUGCCGGUUACUAGAAUUAGAACUGUUCAGUUAUGCUAGAGAAACUGCUCCACCCCCCAACCCACCCUCCACAUGCACGAAAACUGGUCCACCACUCCCUUCCUGAAGGAGGGCCAGUAUAAGUCUAUUAUGGAGUCAUUGCUUCGUAAGGAACUCCGUGAUCCCUGCAAGUAGUCAGUGCUGACUGGCCUGGCACCUGUCCUCUGGAGUUACAAGAGGAAAAAGUUCCAUUUCCAUUAAAUAAUGAGGUCGGAGAAGUCAAAGGACAUAUAUGGAAGUGAAGCUCCUACAAGGUACUGAGCAUUGUCAUAACUAGUUGGACUUUUUUUGGGGUGCAUUAAGUUGAGCUUUUCUUUAGGUCUGAUGGGUUAAAUGGAGCCCUUCUGCAGUCCCAGACUCCGAACUGAUUGUGACUGCUCUUCAGCACUGGAUUUGGAGAUCUGUCAUUGCAGCCUUUGCGAGGACUGCACAGUCCAUUUAAUCAGAGCUGGCCCAUCCAUACCUUCUCUCUGUUCAUUCUGUCAUGUUUUUAUUGAAAUAUGUUUAUUUGGGAGAGAAGUAUCAUGUUGGCUAUAAAAAUCCAGGACCCUAAUAAAUUUGAUAAUUAAUUAAACAGCUGCAUCUAGUA